AUGAGGAGUGGAGUGGGUCUGUGUAUGAUGGUCUUGCUGGGCUUCGUUUUUAGCCAGGAUGCCCAACCAGGAGUUCACAUCUUUUGCGAUGACCCGUCUGUUGAGACGGCGGUGACAAGUGCGUUACACUUUUUCAACGACAAGUUGAGCACGACCUACAAGCUGGCCCUCUUUCAGAUAUUGAAAGCCACCAAGUCAGAGAACGGCUCCGAGUCUUUCUACUCACUGCAGUUUUCCAGCAGGAUAAGUGACUGUCUGGUCGGAAGUCCCAAACCCUGGACAGACUGCAAUUAUCACCCUCAUGGGCGUAAAGUGCCGAUCUCAUGUGUUGCCACGGUUAUCGUAAAAGACGCCGUAACAGACACUAAACAUGUGGACUGUCCAUUUGAUGACCAUAUUGUGCCCGAAAGAGCUUCCUGUCUGGGCUGUCCGAUGGUGAUUGAUGAAAACUCAGAGGACCUUAAAGUUCCUCUAUCAGUCUCCAUCUCAAAGUACAACUCGAUCUCAAACUCGACACACCUGUUUAAUCUUAACAAUAUUGGACACGCAACAAGACAGGUGGUGGCUGGGUUCCGGUUCAAAUUGAGAUUUGACAUGAGGAAGACCAUCUGUGCCAAGGCUGAACACGCCGAACUCAGUGACCUGUGUGUGCACAAUGAUGAAGAAAUGGAGUUCAUUAGCUGUAAUUCCACAGUGGAUGUAGCACCGUGGAGACUUGUGCCUCCUCAGGCCAACAUCGAGUGUGAAGAUGGUCCUCUGCCUCCUCAGGUGUUUGGACACGCGCCAGUUCCAAGACGACUGCCUCCCGGCUGGACUCCCUUCAGGGCUGAGAUUCAUCCAGCCAGCUCAUUGUUAUUAAAAGGCAAAGAGGAGUCAUCCGAAGAGGACACGACAGCCACACCUCCCAUUACUGCGAAUGACAGCCCCUUCCAUUGUCCGUCCAAGCCCUGGAAGAAAUUCCACCCUGCCCAUCCUGUUGCUUCCACACUGGAUGGCAUUCCACCAGCCCCCACAAACAGGCCUCUCCGUGAUGAAGACCUUCUGGCAUGA